AUGGCGGGAGAUGCCCGCGCCGAGCGCAAGGACAAAAUCAAAAAAUGGCUGCAGACGGUGAUCGACCGGCUGACGAAGGACUGGAAGCCGGUGCUGUGCCAGUCGCUGUUCACCGAGACCGAGCUGAUCGAGCUGUGCUACCGAGCCCGGGAGACGUUCUGGUCCCAGAAAUGUCUGAUCGAGGUGAAUGCCCCGGUGAACAUUUGCGGCGACGUGCACGGCCAGUUCGAAGACCUGCUCGCGUUGUUCGCGCUCAACGGCUUCCCGCCCGACAAGCACUACCUCUUCCUUGGCGACUACGUCGAUCGGGGCCCGUACUCGUUGGAGGUGAUGGUGCUGCUCUUUGCCUACAAGGUACUCUACCCGAAAGAGGUGACGCUCCUGCGCGGAAAUCACGAGUCACGCCCGGUGAAUAUGCAGUACGGCUUCUACCUUGAAGUCAAAAAGAGAUACUCGGUGAACCUCUACGAGUGCUUCCAGUACGCCUUCUACUGCAUGCCCUUCUGCGCGCUCGUCGACAAGCGCAUCCUUUGCAUGCAUGGCGGCAUCUCCGAAGAGCUCCAGGAUUUUAAUCAGGGCUACGAAGAGUCGCCCCGCGGCGCUGCUCGCAUCUUUGGCGCGCAGGCCUUGAAGACGUUCUGCCAGACGCACGGCAUCGACCUCGUCGUUCGCGCGCACCAGGUCGUCCAGGAUGGGUACGAAUUCUUUGCUGACCGGCAUCUCGUCACCAUCUUCUCCGCUCCAUAUUAUUGUGGCCAGUUCGACAACGCCGCCUGCGUGCUCAGCGUCUCCAAAGACUUGGAGAUCGCCUUCUCGAUCCAUCGCCCCAACCCGAAGGGAGCUGCGAAGGGC